AUGAGCCAACCGAAUAAUUCCGCCCAUCCACGGAAAAAACUUGCAAAGUGCUCUUCCAUUUCCACUUCGAAUCACAAGUAUUUUUAACAUUGUACACUUGGAAGUAUAAUUCAUAGAAAUAAACUGUACAAUCUUCUCUACUGAAAAAAAAAAAAGAAAAAUUCGAAUGCCAUAUAAACGUGAUUUCAACGUGCAAACGAAAACUUCUAGGUUAAACUUGUACGUUUCUUCUAAUUAUUCGCAGAUUAAAACGAAUUUCUUCGACAGCAACUUACAUUUUGGACGACGAUGAGUAUAUAGAUAAGGUGAAGAGUGCUUCGUUGGAAAAUGCGAGUAUCCUGACGCCUAGGGAUCGUCAGAGAGACAUUAAUUAUUUCGACAGAAUUGAUAAGACUAGAGCGAGUUUAUUGGUACAUUGACGAAGCAGUUGUACAAAGUUGAGAGCCAGGUACAAAAGGUGCAAUCUAACUUGAGGAAAAGCGAAGAGCAAAUAAAGUUGAAGGAUAAGGAGAUUUCCCGAUUGAAACAGAAGGUCAAGGAAUGGGAGACCAAGAGCAAGAACCAAGAGAUUCUGCGAAAAAAGGAGCAGCAACAGCGACGAGUUCAAGUCGAUCAUUCCGAAUAUCUCUACAGGAGAUGUCUGAUGCUCGAACAGAGAAUUUACGAGAUGGAGUAAAUCGAGUAUACGUUACUAUUUCAAGCGAUCGGCACCCGAUCGAAUUAAUGAUCAGUUAGCCGUGCCUUUUAGCAACACCAUCGAGACUUGUUACGAGCAGAUUAUCGCGAACAUCGAUCAGCUGAAUCUGGCCGCUGGAAAGGGCGAAGUUCACGUGCAGCACAACGAAAGAGGAAACAGAGCUUCGUUCAAAACCGCCUCUUGCAUGUCAUUGAAAUUCUACAAAAAUGGAAUGAUAGUUCAAGACGGCCCAUUACGAUCUUACAACGACCCAACUACGUUAUCGUUUCUACGUGAUAUCUUGGACGGCUAUUUCCCUUCUGAAUUGCAGGAAGCUUAUCCAGAGGGUGUACCCUUCAAGGUUGAGGAUCAUAGAAAUCAAGUGUUCUUGAAUUCCGAUUUUCCUGGCCAAGGUUAUCGACUGGGAAAAGAAAUGGCUGAUAAUACACCGAUAUCAUCUAGACUUAUUCGUAGACCUAGUAACCAGAGAUCGAAUCGUCGCAGUGCUCUUCCGAGAGAGAAAGACAGUCUAUAUAAUUUUGACCCCUCUAAGGAACUCUUUUCUACCACAGCUAGAUCGAUGAAACCAAAAACUCCUUCGGAAGCUCCUCCUGUAGAGAUGUAUGUCCUCCGUUCUCAAAUCUUGGCAUCACACAACAACAUUUGCUCCGAUACUCAUUUACAAUCGCACAUUAAUGCGGAACUCGGCUUGAGCGAAAAAAGAACAACUCGAAGAGAGAAAAACAGAGAAUAUGAAAACUCGGGACGGGAAUCAGGUUCAAAAUCUAGAGGUGUUAUGAGGUUUCCAAGCUCUGGUAGAUGUUAUCAUAGUUCCACAGAUAGAGCAUCUAAAUUAUCGCCCAACCGAGUGGAUAACGCGGAUGAAUGUCUCAGGCAACGAUCAAGAUCUGCCAGCUUACCAAAUUCUCGAUUUUCCAUUACUUCAAGAUCAACACCAAAAAUGAACGUCGAUCUUUCACAAGUUUCUUCACCGCAUCGUCCCCAAAUGCAUCAUCAAGCUGCAGUAAAAAAGAAUCAACGCGCUCCAAGAUCUGCUGCACCAAGUAGGAAGAAUGCACCGCCUAUUUUACAUCAGAUCAACGAACCGUCUGGAAAACCAGGUGAACUUCGAUUGAAAGUUAGAUCUUUAAACGGCGGUACGGUUUAUCUGGUACACGUAUCUGCCGACGAACCGAUAGCUCGACUUUAUCAGUUAUUAGAUAGAACAAUGUCAAGAACUGUUCCUCGAGGAUACAAAAUUGUUCUUAGCGGUUAUUCACCAAGAAGAUUGGAGCAUUUAGGAACAACUUUAAGAGAAAUUGGCGUCACUAGAGACAGCGUUUUGCAUCUAGUGAAUGAUUGAAUUUCAAAUUUUUUUAACUUUUUGUAUUGGC